AUGAAAAUGGAGAGGAAUCAAAAUAUACAGUCAAGUUUUGGUCCCCAAGAUAAUAUCAACUUCGACAACACAUUCUUCACACUCACUGAUACCAUGAUUCCGAUUCCAUUACCAACUUCUGAUUUUCUUCCACUCAACCCUCCUCCUUCACUCCUUCCAGACUCCACUUACCACCUCUUUCACUUCUUUCCCCAACUUUCUCAUCAUCUUCCACCCUUCAACAACUCUUCUUCUUCUCCCUCAUCGUCUCGAAAACGUCCUCGUUUCGACUCCUCCGUCUGUCCCAAUCACGUACUCUCGCCUCCCGUUCAACCGCAACGUGAGUUGGCUCGUCAGCGUCGACAAAACAUCAGCGACAAGGUUCGGUGCUUGCAAAAGCUGAUGCCAUGUGAGAAGAAAAUGGAUACUGCUACCACGCUUGAAGAGGCCUAUAAGUAUGUUCGAUUCUUGCAAACUCAAGUUAAAACUCUCCAAUCAAUGCCACUUGAGUCUAGCUUUGCUCUUCAAAACGAGUUGGAUGGGUAUCGUUUUGGAGGUCUUGGUGGGUUGGAGAUGUUGAACAGGCAGCAACUUUUACAGGUAUUGGUUAACUCUCCGGUGGCACAAACCAUGCUUUAUUCAAAAGGGUUUUGUGUUUUGUCUUUGGAGCAGUUGAUUUUGACGAACAAACUUGCCCACGCGAAGGUUUUAAUGCAGCAGUAUCAGCCGCAGUAG